UAGUAGUUCAGAAGCUGCUCUACUAUGUGCAGAAUCUGAGUGCAACAUUUUCAUAAAAUUAGGGGUCGUUUGGUUACAAUGCUGAGAUAAACAAGAAUAUACCAUGGGAUAGAAUAUUUUAUAAGAUUAGCUAUCUCAUCUUCUAUGUGGAAUAGCAAAUUCUAUCAUUUUAAUAUAUAAUUUAUCUCCAAAUAAGCUAAUACCUAUAAUCAAACAUAGGAUAAAUACAAUCACAAAUUCUAUCCCUGAAUUAUUAUCUUUAUCUCUUAUACCGAACGAUCCCUUAUUAAAGAUUAAUAUAGUCUCCACUCUCUACGCAAGCAGAAGGAAGAAGAAGAACUAGCAGCAAGGGAGCAUUAAAGCCAUAAACAACAGGGGCCACACGAGGUCGCCAUUUCUUUUCCAACCGUAAUGAGUACUGACAGAUAUAGGUAAAUGUUCGAUUGUCGUGUAUGAAUUUAGGGUCGUUUGAUAGGGUGUAUAAAAAUAGAUACUAAAUAUGAUGUAUUAGUUAUGUUGGAUUAUUUCUUAUUAAAUUGUUUGUUUGGCGUAAUAAAGGUUUUGAAAGGAUAAUUUUGUCUUUAUACAUACUUAUUCAUGUAUUAAAAACCAGUUUUAAUGUCAUAGUUUACUAUAUAUAAGAAUAGUACUGAAUAAGGUGUACCUCAUAUAUGUAUAAGUUAUAUAUAGGUUGAAAAUUACUACCAUACAAGAAAUUAAUAAAACUAAAGCUAAUACAUAUAUUAUUUUCCCUAAUAGAUCCUAUCAAACGGCAGCUUAGUAGCAGUAGAAAGGAAAAGUAAACUAAAUACCAAUUAUCACAUUGUCCAAAUAUGGCAUUACUGUAUCACAUUGUCCAAAUAUGGCAUUACCUGUAUCAUAAUCCGACAAUUUUAAAAUAUGGCAUUACUAAAUACCAUACUUGAAAAAUAUGGCAUUACCUGUAUCACAUUGUCUAAACUUUAAAAUAAUCACACAAAUUACUAAAUACCAAUUAUCACAUUGUCCAAAUAUGGCAUUACCUGUAUCAUAAUCCGACAAGUGGACAACCUCUCCUCCCCAAAACCCAAUUUCCAAAACCCAAAAAUUUCUCAGCUUAUCAUAUUUGGUGGCUGUUUUAAGUUGAAAUUCUCCCACAGGAAAAACCCCAAUCAGUUCUCAUAUCGAAGUAUUUCAAUGGCUACAGCUACACAACUUACUUGUUCUACCAUCAUUAACGACCUACCUGAUGUGAUCCUCUCUAACAUCAUCGCCGCAAUCUCCAACGUCCGCAGCCGCAACUCCGCUGCCCUCGUCUGCCGGAAAUGGCUCGUUCUCGAACGUUCCACGCGCGUCUCCCUCACGCUCCGUGGCAACGUCCGUGACCUCUUCAUGUUACCCACUUGCUUCAGAUCCAUAACUCACCUUGACCUCUCCCUUAUCUCUCCUUGGGGUCACCCACUCCUCUCUCCGGUCGCCGGCGCCGCCGCAGCAGCUGACCCUUCCCUCAUCGCCCAUCUUCUCCGCCACGCGUUUCCUUCCGUCACUUCCCUCGUUGUCUACACGCGCCACCCAUUCACCCUCCAGCUUUUGCCUCCUCUAUGGCCCCACCUAAAAGAAAUCAAGCUUGUGCGGUGGCACCAGCGUCCCCAAUUAGCUACUGGUGAUGAAUUUAAUAUGCUAUUUGAGAAUUGCCCACAGCUUAAAUCACUAGAUUUGUCGACUUUUUACUGCUGGAAGGAUGAUAUUCCUACAGCACUGGAGUCUCAUCCUAUGGUUGCUUCUAAUCUCACUAGCUUUAAUCUCUUGAAUUCCAGUUUUCCUGAAGGGUUUAAGUCUGAUGAGUUUAAGGUAAUUACACAAGCUUGUAUGUUUGAUCCUAGGUACAUUGUUUUUGUUGGUGAUGAAGGUUUGGUUUCUAUAGCUACAAAUUGUACCGAAUUAUCAGUGCUUCAUUUGGCGGAUACAUCAGCUUUGUCCAACUCUAGGGGUGAUCCAAAUGAUGAGGGGUUCACUGAAGAGGACGCAAAAAUUAGUGUUGGAACUUUGAUUGAGGUAUUUUCUGGUCUUCCAUUACUUGAAGAGCUUGUUUUAGAUGUUUGUAAUAAUGUUAGAGACACGGGUCCUGCUUUGGAGAUUUUGAACAAAAAAUGCCCCAAAUUGAGAUCGUUGAAGUUGGGGCAAUUCCAUGGCAUUUCUAUGCCAAUUGAAUCUAAGUUGGAUGGGGUUGCUCUUUGUCAAGGGCUUCAAUCUUUGUCGAUAAGGAAUGUGGGGGACUUGAAUGAUAUGGAUUUGAUAGCUAUUGGUAGAGGGUGUUCGAGGUUGGCCAAGUUUGAGAUUCAAGGUUGUAAGAAGAUUACUAUGAGGGGCAUGAGGACACUGGCUUCUUUGCUUAAGAAGACUUUGGUUGAUGUCAAAAUAUCUUGCUGCAUGAAUCUUGGAGCCUCUUCUUCAUUGAAAGCACUGGAACCGAUACGAGAACGGAUCCAAAAGCUUCACAUUGAUUGUGUGUGGGAUAGUGUUGAAGAAUUUGAGAAUAUUGAUGGUUAUGGAUACGGGCUUGAUCUUAACAGGAGCGAUGGAGGUGAGGCAUCAAGCAACUUUGCUGGUUCUGGGGACACAUUUGGAUGUGAGGAAGACGCAUACAUGUUUCAACAGAAGAAAAGAUGCAAGUUCACCUGUGAUCUUAACAGUUUGUAUGAGGAAGUCAAUGCACAUGGCAAUGGAUAUAGUGGACGAUCAUGGGAUCGGCUGCAAUGCCUCUCUCUUUGGAUUGGUGUUGGUGAGCUUUUGACUCCUCUUGAAGACUGUCCAAAUUUAGAGGAGAUCAAGAUUAGGGUGGAAGGAGAUUGCAGGCUAUGGUCAAAACCUUCGGAGCGGGCAUUUGGACUGAGCACCCUUCUUCUCUAUCCUAAGCUAUCCAAGAUGCAUAAGGAUUGUGGAGAUACCAUAGGUUAUGCACACACUGCUCCAUCAGGGCAGAUGGAUUUGAGCUUGUGGGAACGGUUUUAUCUGUUUGGGAUUGGAAAUUUGAGCCUUACCGAACUAGAUUACUGGCCACCACAAGAUGGGGACGUUAACCAAAGGUGUCUAUCCCUACCAGCAGCUGGGCUGCUACAAGAAUGCGUCACACUCAGAAAACUGUUCAUCCAUGGAACAGCGCAUGAACAUUUCAUGAUGUUCCUUCUUAGAAUCCCAAACUUAAGAGAUGUACAACUGAGAGAGGAUUACUAUCCAGCACCAGAGAAUGACAUGAGUACAGAGAUGAGAGCUGACUCCUUGAGCCGCUUUGAAGCUGCCCUAAACAGGCGCCCAAUAUCCGAUUGAUGCAAAGAACAACACAAUGCGCACAUAAUGUUCCCAUAUCCAGCGCUUCAAUAGUUUUCUUCGUCAGAAUAUGUAUUAGAUUUUCAGAUCUCUUUAUAUGCAUUAAGGUUUGUACAU